AUGCAAGAUUAAGUUGUUAAGCCCAUCUAUUUGUCUAUCAAUCAAUUGACUGAACUAUUCAAUAAUUCUCUAUAAGAUUCCUCAACCUUAGAGGAUCCUCAUAAUAACUAAAACCAUAUUCCAAAUUAAGAUUCAUUUGCUGAUUUGCCUCUAGAAUUUAGUUUUUCUGCUUUACAUUUGAUUAAUUCCCAAAAAAUAAUAAAUGAUAGUUAAAAUAAUGACAAGCCUCCAACUAAUGUUUUAGUUAGCAAAGAAUAAUAUUAAUUGAUAAUGUUGAAGAUGGAGUAGAAUCGAAAAUUAAGUGAAUAAUAUUAAAAAAUGAUCAAAGAAAAUCAAGAAUAAAUCUAAAAUCAUAAAUUACUUGAAGAUUAGAAUGCUGCAAUGUUAGAUUAAAACUUUUAAAUAAAAAGAGAAAUAUAAGAAAUGAAACAAAAAUUAUUGAUUUGUUAAAGUGCUAUACCUUUAAGAAAGGACAAAUAAAUAAUCUAAUUAAGGAAUCAAUAUAAAGAACUUUAAGCAAAACUAGCUGAAAAAUGUGAAACAUAAUAAUCAACAAUUCUUACUGAAAAUAGUACUGCAGACUCAGAUAAAUCAAAUUCCUAUUAUUGUAAUACAAGUAGACUAGUAAGAGUCGAUCAAAGCUCUUCUCAUCAUUAAACAAAAAAACCUUAUAGAAGCAGAAACAAUUCUUUUGUUAAAAUCGUUAAAAAUUGA